AUGGAUAGGCAAAUUAAGGAUGUUGAAGAGAGGCUUAAAAAACUUGAAGGCUCCGAAGAUCGUGAUAAGGGGCAAAAAACAGCGUCUCUAAAUGCUACGAAAUCCCAGCUUGAACAUUAUAAAAAUUCCUGUAAUGCAAACCACACUAAAUAUCCUGAGAAUCCUGCCUUGAAGGACAUUGACUCCAAGUUGUCUCAGGUUAAAAAUCUUAAAAAGAGUCUUGAAGGAUUGACUGAAAAUGAUAAUUGUGAAAAGCUUUUAACAAAUCUUUGUGACGGCCUCGAAACAUUCCUCGGCUUCAACUCUGAGUCAAAAGGCUACGAUGGCACUGGCAUUGUGUACUCGGACCUGGACAGGCUGUGUGACGGGGUGAUGGGAUUUUUGUAUCAAGUUCUUAAGGAUGUCAGCGAGAAACAGCCUUACGAAGCAGGUAAGACAAUGUUUUUAGACCGUUUAAAUCGUGAAAUAAAUGCCAAAUUAUGUUCAGGUGUUGAAGGCUUCAAGAGCGUCGUAGACCGUGUCGUCAGCAGAGUCAGGCAGUACAAUGAGAAAGUUGUGGAGUCGAAUUCUAAGGUAAGUGGACCAAUUAAUGAACUUUUAGGUAGAGUGAAGAACGAAUACCCGACGGAAAUCGGUAGGAUUCCAGAUGAAGUAGAUUUGAAAAUUAUGUCAGAUGAGGAAAUUGGCAAGAUUGUCUUGCCGACUAAUGCGUUGACUGAGAAGUGUAUAACUAGCGCAAAGUUAUUUGACACCAAACUUACCAAGUUAACUAAGCAUAUUAAUGAUCUUAAUUAUAAAUUGCGUGACAGUGUAAAAACUACGCAUGAGCGUAUUAAGCAGGAGACUGCACGUGUUGAGGCGAUGUCCAAAAAGGAACGCGAGAACUACGACGCGGUGAUAAAACUAGUUGGCAACGCAUCCGAAAAUUUGAAAAAAGUACUGAAACAGAAAAUUGGAGACGAUGUUAGUGCUGUUGUUAAAAAUCUUAAGAAAAGAGUAUCAGAUAUUCUGGUUAAGUUAAACAAUGUACAUAUAAAUAUGGCGACUUAUCUGUCGCAGCUAGAUACGUGGAGUAAUGAGGCGGAGGGUUUUGUAGAAGAAGCGAUAAGGAAAGUCAAUGAUAUAUUGGAUCAGGUUGAUAACGUAAAUAAUGAAGUCAACAAAAAGGCUAUAAAGGCCGCGGCUGCGCAGAUCAGGGAACUAGGAUUUUCAUUAUAUGAAGCCGGAAAUGACGCUAAAACAAAAGCCCAAGAAGAAGUUACCAAGGCCCUUGCGCAGGUGAAAUCCAUGAACGAGGCGCUUAAAGGGGAUUUGUAUAAGGUGAAGCAAGCGGUGGAAGGGCAGGUGACUGAAAUUAAAAAUAAGAUUGGGAAGUUGUACGAAACAGUGACAGAAAGACCGGGUAGUGCAGUGAAGGAUAUGGAUAAGUUGAUAGAAAGCGUCGUGAAGCAUAUCAAAGUGCACGCUGCAGGUAUCCGAGGCAAUACGGAAGGGCGAUUUAAAGAAGGUCUUGCCGUUGUUGCAAUGAAAGUGGGAGAAAUUGUAAAUGGGAACUACGCUGGUGAAAAUUUUAAGGAGAGAAUCUUGUACGCAUGGUUGACAGAUAUCGUUGAGAAGAAUCCCGUGAAAAAAUACAUUGAAGAUUAUCUUCAGUAUAACGGUGAUCAGUUUGUUAAUCGUGGCAUUAAUGCCAUCACUGACAACGUCAAACAGCAUAUUAAAGAUAAGCUCAACACGCUGACAUCUGCAGGAUCGAAGCGUAUACAAACAACUGGUAACGUCGCGGAGGAUUUGAACACUAUUAAAACAACUCUAGAUUCGUUCGUAUUUGAGUUCGCCGACAAGAUCAAGUCAGGUGACAUUAAAGCUUCUGAUGUUGAAACCAAAUUGGGAAAUGCGCAUGUUCUCAGAACGGGGCAUUCCACAAGCAGAAUAUACUUAGAUGAUGCAGUCAAUUCCAUAGUUAACCAGUUACUUGGUCGUGCCGCAGGUGCUUCUAAAGAAAUUGAAGACCUCGUAAAAAGCUGCAAUUUUUCAUACGUAGACAGUGCGUACAAUAAGGCUAAAAAUUUCGUUGGUAAACUUGAAAAAGCUAUCGGCAAUGGAAGUCCGCUCAGCCCUGGCGAAGACGGCACCGCUAAAGCCGUCGACUCCGCGAUCACGGAGGUGACGAAUCUGCUUAAGGGGAAAUUGAUACCAAACGGUGGUAGUUCAGUCAAUCUUGAUGCUGCUGGCACGUUCACCGAAUAUAAUCGUUUCGUCGACCAAGAUGCUGCCAAACUGCAAUCACUCGCAUCCGAGAAGUUAGAAGAUGUUAAGGAAAAUGCAGGCUCCCUCCCCGCGGCGAUCGGUGAGAUUAAGACAAAAGUGGAGGAGGCUUUGGACAAGAUCGGCGAUGUGAAAGAUAAGCUAUUCAGCAAAGCUCAAGAGGUCACUGACAACCUCAACCUCCUGUGCAAAACAGUCAAGGAUUUGGCUGAAACGGGUGAUGAAAGUGCCAAAGGCAAACUAAACAGGCUGAAACAAAAAAUCGGUAGGGCUGUUAAGGUAGACAAAGAAAGCCUACUAGUGCUUCAUGGCAAGUUUAAAGCGUUGAGAGACGGAGAUUUGGCUGCGUCCAUUGACAUGGCCAACGCAUUCCUCACAGAAGCAUCUAAACUGGAGGCCGAGUGUAUUCGAAGACUUCAACAAAACGUAAAUUGCGAAGUCAACAUCGUCAAAAAGGAGCUCGCGUCACGCAUCGUCCAGAGCCAUGUGACGGUCGUCAAGCUGUUGCUACAGCAAUUCGUCGCCAAGCUGCAGUCGGAGUUGGACAAACUGCCGGCCGCCAUUGAAGAUGACAAGCAUAUUGGCUUCAAAGGUUUCAUGGAGAAACUCUACGAAGGCUUCAACACCAACAUCGUUCCUAAGAAAGAUGACUUAAAACUCGACACUUUGUCCGAGGCCUUCCAAAAUUUCUGCUCACCACUCCACCUCUACCUUAAAGCAGAGAUCGGCAGACAGAACAACGACAACCAUGCCAAGAAACACCCUUCGUCUCAGAGGUCUACAAACAACUACGCGGACGCUGUUGACUGCGUAAAAAAUGAACUCGAGAAAUUAGUUAACCAAAUCAGAGCCGGCAACAGGUACGAUUAUCACGUACCCAGACUGCUGGACGGACUGACCGAUGCGAUCGACGGCCUACACCCUGAGUCAUUUUCUGAGCCGAAUACUCCCCUGCUAGAAACCAUUGCCCAUGGCUUCAGGGGUCUGGUAAGUGAGCUUGGAAAGGCAUACGUCUCCGUCUACGACGGCGCCCGCAAUGUCAACUGGGAGCGGGAGAAUAACCCGGAGACUACAUACUGCGCUAAGAUAUUCUUGACUGCAUUUUCCACAGUCUACGAUGCUGUGCAUGACUUGAGGAUAAAUUGCAAUAGUCUGAAGGGACACCAAAUUCACUCGUCCUCUGAUCUCGGCAGGUUGUUCCUACGGCACGGCUUUAAGGUGUCCGCAGAAAACAAACAGCACUGGGAGCUGCAGAACAAGAGCGUCAUAAACGGUGAAUACGUCGCGAACAGACUUAGCUUUAGGGUCGAAGGUGCGAAAGACAACGAGCAUCUUAAGGAGUGCGAAUCGAAUAAACGCAAGUCUAACGUCCUUUUUAAUCUUUUCGAUAUUCUCAAAUGCAUUCUGCAUCACGUCGACCAGUACAACGCCAUAUGUCACAUCGCUAUACUCCCCAAACCUAGAACGCCAUGUACCGUUUUCGAGAUGCUGGCGUGGCUCUCAGGGCUCACUUACACUUCCGCGUACCAGGCGCUGCUAUCAGACGGGUUCACCAACGUGCUUGAUAAUCCGGAUACGCCGCUUGCUGGCGACGGAGAGAUCAGCGUAUUCGACAUCGAGCAGUCAUACCUAGAGGCGCACCCGCAGACCAUCACGUAUAAGAGCAUACGGACGGUGUUGCAAUACCUUUGUUCGAAAUCGUACGAUUUGCUUACCACCGUUGUUGGCCACGGCGACGCGGCGACAUUCUACGCUUGCGACUAUUCGAAUAACACGCUGAAUCUGUACUACCCGAGCUCCGGCGAAGAUUGUUUGCAGAUGUUGCUUGACUUCCUCCGUAGAAUUUGCAGCCGUCAGUGUGCGCUAAAA